AUGCAGAACAACCGGUACCAUCGGUAUAAGGAAUUUCGUGUGAGUGUGCUGUCCUAUCGAUUUACUGAAAAUAAAACAUAUUGGCGUUGUAUAUAUUAUAAUUCUCAAAAAUGUCAUGCUCGUCUUCAUACAUGUAAUAUUACCAAUAAUGUUAUAACUCCACCUUCUGAUCAUACAUGCAAAAGACCAGAUCGAAUGUUAAUAUUUGCCAGUUCUGAACAAUUAGAUAUUUUACAAUCAUGUGAUGAUUUUCUUGUUGAUGGUACAUUUAAAGUUGUUCCUGAGAUUUUUUAUCAAUUAUAUGUUGUACAUGCCAUCUAUCGUGGACAUGCUAUACCAGUUGUCUAUUCAUUACUCAGUCGUAAAAAUAGUGAUACAUAUCAACGUCUUAUAAAUGAAAUAGUAGAAUUUGCUCCAUGCUGGUUCCCUGCUUCUAUUUUACUUGAUUUCGAAAAGACAUUAGGUUAUCAGAAUCGUUAUCAAGAAGAUGUUAAAUUUGCUCACAAUAUUAAUAAAAUAGCUGCGUUAGCUUUUAUUCCACCUUGUGAUGUAUUACAUGCAUAUUCACGUCUUGCAUUAGAUCUUGAUGAUGAUUACCAAGAUAUUUUAAAUUAUUUUGAAGAUACAUAUAUAGGACGACUUCGCCCUAACGAUACACGACGUCAACCAACAUUUAGUAUUGAAUUUUGGAAUAUGCAUUCAAGGACAACACAAUUAUCGAUGCGUACAAAUAAUUCUGUGGAAGCAUGGCAUCGUCGUAUAGGAUGUGUAUUUCAAUGCGCGCAUUCUACGCUUUGA